AUGUUCAUCAUUGCAUACAAGGCGUAUUUCUUCACAAUGGCUCAGGUCCACGACCCAUUCGCAAUGACCAAUGUGCUCAGUAUGGCUGGUCUUAUCGCUAUCAUCAUCAAUUCCCUCAUUGUCGUUCGAUUCGGCCGGCGAAGAGUUCUGCUAUUGUCUGGCCUUAUUGUCUGUGGUUUUCUGCAACUGAUUAUCGCUGUCGUAUUUGACAAGAAAGGGAGGACGGAUACGACGGGCAAAAUCCUUGUCGCCCUUUCGUGUCUUUAUCUAAUGAGCUAUAAUGGCAUGAUUGCCACCUAUGCCUGGCUGUCCGGUGGAGAGAUCCCAUCCCAGCGUCUCCGCAGCUAUACAUUCGGCCUAGCAGCAGCCGUCGGCUUUCUUGGAGCAUGGCUCACCACCUUUACGGCGCCAUAUUUCAUUAACCCUGCAUCAUUGAACUGGGGCCCCAAGUACGGCUAUAUUUGGUUUCCAUCGUGUGCAAUCGCGGCACUAUGGGUGUUCUUCUUCCUGCCGGAGGUCAAGGGCCGGACUUUAGAAGAAAUUGACGAGAUGUUCCAAGCGAAGCUACCAGCGCGCAAGUUCCGGAAAUACAAGUGUAUCGGCCGAGCACGUCUAGAUGACAAACAGAGAAAAAGUCUGGACACACAGGUGUGGGAGAACGAGAAGGCAGUAGCUGAGACCGAAGCCACUCUUGGAUAA